AUGGCGCGCGCGCGGUCGACGCCGAGCGAACGCGCGGCGAACCGCGCGCGCGACGACGACGACGACGACGACCGCGGCGGCGGCUCGAGGGCGAGCGACGACGCGCGCGUCACCGCCGGCGGCGCGGUGUUCGCGCGCUCGGGCGCGUUUUGUGACGACGAUCGCGUCUUCGUCACCGUCGCCCGCGCGUCCGUGCGCGCGUUCGAUGGAGCCACGGGGCGGGCGUUGGGAGGGGCGGCGGCGCGCGGGGAGACGACGUGCGCGGCGGCUUCGCCGGAGACGACGGCGAAGACGAUCGUGAGCGGGAGCUCGAGUGGGAUUUUAUCGGUGAUAGAUGUCGAGCGCAUGCGGGUUUUGAGGCGGCACGACAUCGGAUUCGCGAUCGCUGACGUGGCGUACCCGGGCGGGGCGAGCGGGAGAGAUUUCGUCUACGUCAGCGCGACGGCGCGCGAGGACGGCGGGGGACGGAUAUUACGAGUGAGUCUGUCCAAGGGGAAGAUCGUCGAGAAGCUCGGGAAGACGAAUGAGGCGCGAGCGUUGAUCGCGAGCGCGUCGGGUGGAUUCCUCGCGUGCGCCGAGCGACGGACGAUUUCAAUCUGGGGCGUCGGCAAAGACGGAGGCGGAAGCUCGCGCGCGCUGCGGAUUCAUCACACCAAAGCCAUCACCGCGCUCGCGUUCUCACGAGACGAUGAAAUCUUAGCGUGCGGGGACUCAAGCGGGCGAAUCGUAAUGUUCCACGGUUUCGCCCGAGCGGUGCGAAAGUUACAACAGGAGGCGCGUGGAGAAGAAACCGAAGUCGACAGAGACGCCCUGCCGAGCACGACGUCGCACUGGCACUCUCGCGCGGUGGGGUGCUUGCACUUCUCCGCAGACGGCGCGCACUUGUUCUCGGGAGGCGAAGAGGCUGUUCUGGUGAUUUGGAACCUGAAGGAUGGGAAGAAGACGUAUCUCCCGCGUCUCGGAGCGCCGCUCACGAAGAUUGUCGCUCGACGCGACGACCCGUCGAGGUUAGCGCUCUUCGGGUCCGACAACGCCGUGCGUUUGGUAAACGUUGCGUCGAUGAGCGUGGAGGGGACGAUUCAGGGCGUCCGUCCAACGGUUUUAGACCUUGAUCGCGAAUCGUACGCGUCGGUGGUGACGUACGAUCCGAGGGCGGAGGUCGUCGCGUUUUCCGCCGCGGGCGCGGCGCUGCAGUUUUUCGAUCACGCCCGUGACGAGCACAUCGCUGAUCUCGCCGUGGCGCCUAGAAAUUACGUCAACACCUCAGGAGAGGCGGACUCACCGAUGGAAGCGCACGUGGCACACGCCUCUUUCUCACCGGAUGGCCGUGUUCUUCUCACGGUCGAUCGCCGCAGCGAUCAACCGUCGACGGUGACGCGCGCGGUGGAGGAGACGCUGAAAAUUUGGGAACGUCUCCAUGUUGACGAUGACCGCGAGGGUGAGGGCGAGGGCGAGGAAGACGACGCAACCGGAUCGGUGAACGUUCCGGGUGGUGCGUUCACGUGCGUGGCGCAGUGCGAUAUCCCGCAUACGGGCUUGAUCACGUGCGUCGGCGUUCGACCGAGCGCGAGGAGCGUCACAGAGUCCAUGGCGUUCACCGCGGGAGCCGAGGGUGAGGUGAAAUUUUGGGUCCCGAACGGACGCGUUUCGCGCGGUGGCGAGCACGCCGGCUGGAGGUGUAGAUCAAGCGCGACGCAUCCGAGCGGGACCGGCGUGACGUGCGGGGCGUUUAGCGCCGACGGCUCGAUUCUUGCCACAGCGGCGAGAGAAAUCGUGCUCUGGGAUCCAAAGACGAACGCCAAGCUCGCGACGCUGACGAUGCCCAAAACCUCAGGAGAGGGCGAGUGCGCGUCUGUUAAAGCCGUAGCUUUCAUCGCGGGUCACCCUUUGUUCGCUGCCGCCGACGGUAAGGCGCUCGUGAUUUGGAACUUGCAAACGUUGCAACCGUGGCGCGUGUACGCGGCGCCGUGUGUCGGGCUGUAUGCCCACGCCUCUAUGCCGAUGUUCGCCGCCGUAUUCGCCGAGCGAAAGGAUCAAAAGGAAAUUGCAGUCGUCGUGCGCUUCAUCGGCGCCGAUAUGAUGCCGUCGGGGACGUUCGCGUGUCCCGAUGGCGCGCCAGAAGCCGUACUCUUCCCUCCCGCAGAUCGAGCCAGCCGCGACGCAUCGGCGGCGACGACACCCAUGCUCAUCGUCACUCGAGACAGGCAGAUCGUCCGCAUAGGAGCGGAAACUAACGCUGAAGCCAGGGCGCGCGAUGACAUGGACGUCGACGCGCCCGCUGUGACGAAGAGUUUCCCGGGCGGGGUCGCCGUCGUCGGUGCUCCGGUGAAUCCAGAACUCGCGCGAGUCCUCAAAGAAGCCGAGGCGAGCGUCCGAGCGAUGCGAUUGAACGCCGAGGGCGAGGACGAGGAGGACGUUCCCGAGCGAGAUCGCGUCAUCGGUGGUGCGCUGAAUGGCGUGGGUAAGAUGCCUUGGGGCGCGCUCUUCGAAGCGCCUUCGCACGAGUUGCCUCCGCUCACGUCUCUGUGCCCGCGCUUCAUGGACGCCAUGCUCGUAAGGCAGAUCAACCCGAACGCGCAGUGA